UAUGUGGCUGUGUUGUUUACUUUGUGAAAUAGUGUUUUGAUUAUUUAUUAGUUAUAACUUUGUAAGCUGCAUCCUAGCUGCAUUGUGGGACAAACUGAUAUUGUAGUGCAUUUUAUGAAGGUAGGAAAGUAUACAGCCCAUGGGGUACAAAUAAGAGGGAGGUAGCAUCAGUGCCUGACACCGGAUGAUAAGAACACCACAGCCGUGCAGCGGCUCACAGUUCACCAAGGCCAACGCAACACGACAACAACAACAAGAUGGCGAGCACAGGUUAUCAGCAAAUGCCAACAGACCAACCAGUAACCGACCAGUCCACACCUGGGGUUGUAAGUCCCGGCUAUAACCCGGCUUAUCAAAAUGUACCCAACAGAAGUGGUGCAGUGAUCACUUCACCCCAGCAGAUGGGAAUGCAAAUGUUUUACCCAAUGUCGGGUGGCCCUACAGUUGUGGUGACUCAACCCGUGGUGACGGUACCCGAGCCUCAGACUCAGUGUGCUCUCGUCAUGUCCGUGCUCAGCUCCAUCUUCUGUUGUUUCGUGUGCGGCAUCACGGGUAUUCUUGUGUCCUGGAGGGCUCGCAUGUAUGUGCUGGACAGUAAGUUCGAGCACGCCCGCCACUCUGUCUCCAUCGUCUGGAUCCUCCUCGCCUUCACCAUCUUCUUCGGCAUCAUCACCUGGGCCAUGGUCGGGGUCUUUAUUGCUUUUGGAACCAGAUCCUUAUUCGGCACUUACUACUGCACCGAAAAUGGAUGCUACUACAGAUACUAGCCUUGUCUUCGCCACAGAGGGACGAGAGAGAGUGAGGUUGUAGCUAUCAUCUAGAUAAUCACAUCGCUGCCUGUUCUUGCCACCUUCACAGACAUGUUACAGUUCAAGUGACAAUUUACUUAGUCACAUUUCACUGUACAUGACAUGUUACAUUAACAAGAUAUGUCACAAGAUUUAACUUAGUAUAUAAACAUUUCCAUAUGUAAUACACUAACUACACUAUGUCACAUUAACCUUUUUUGUAUUUUUAUCCCGGUGUCAACAACAUGAGUGUGCUUAAUGCAUUUCACAAAAUUUAUAUUAUGUUGUUAAUAUACUUAACUAGUUCUAUCAUUACUUUGUUGUUCCUAAAUAAAGUUUCUUAAUCUUAAAA